AGGAAGCAACAGAUACGUCACUUAACAUGGCGGAAAGGAAACACAUCUCUGAAGAGCUGACAGAAGAUGAAGGACCGGGGAAGGGAGGCAAUGUGAAAACUAAGACUGUCUCUUCCAGCAUGGUUGUGGGAGUAGAAGGAUAUUCUGGGAAGCGAUCGGCUCGGGAUGGCCCUGUGGAGCAGCCAGCACCCCCUAAAGUAGCAAGGCCUGGAUAUAGCCUGUCUCUGAAAAAACCUGCUCCGAUCUCAAUCAAAUUAGGAGCUAAUAAAGUUAAAGAGACGGUGCCAUCAGUGCCAGCAAAGAAACCUGCCCUGGCUGCUGUAUUCAAUGAAGAUGAGGAUAGUGAACCGGAGGAAAUGCCGCCAGAGGCCAAAAUGAGGAUGAAGAACAUCGGCAGGGAGACACCAACAUCAGCAGGACCCAAUUCUUUCAACAAAGGAAAACAGGGUUUCUCUGAUCACCAAAAGCUGUGGGAGCGCAAGCUGAAGGCCCAGAGUGACCAGCCGCCAAGACCUUAGACAUUCUUACUACGGAACUUUUCUUGUGUGGUGUAAAAAUGUAAAUAACUUGUAGGACAUUUGUCAGUUGUGAGUUUUUGUUUUCCUUUAAUUCUCAUUAAUUUCUGUAUUUACAUUUGAGGGAUUAUUUCUCUAAAUGAGUCUGUACUUUUUACAUAGAGGGACUUUUUUUUCUUGCCAAAUGGUUAACCAGAUUGUCAUUGUGGCUGGUUUAACUGCCAAGCCUGUUCACUUGCUUUCACACACUGAUAUUGGAUGUUUUGGUGAUUGGUAGUGAUAAUAGUGCUUGGAAAUUGGUAAUAAAAAGUCCUUGUAUCUAU